GAGUCUCCAGCCCUCUGGCACCGCUGGGAACCUCCCCGGGUUGUCCCUACGCUCCAGCGCCCCCACCUCUUCACGCCGCUAGAACCCGCGCCCCAGCCCAAGGCAGCUGCUCGGCUUCUCCCCGCCACACCCAGCCCUGCCAGCCCGGCCACGCCCACCCCGCGGCUCCUGUCCCGCACUGCCCAAGUAGCUAGCCAGGGGUCCCGUCCCGCGCGGGGGGGCCGGGACUGAGCCCCCGCCGCCCUCGCGCCGCGCUAAUGUUUAACUAGGUGCCGGGGAGGCGGGAGUCCGCCGUGUGUGCCAGAGAGGAAGACGCUUCGCUCCUUCUGCCGCUCGCAGCCGCACGGGGAGGGUCCGCUUCCCACAGCUCCCAGUCAUGAAGACAGUAGUGAAGUAUCUGUUGGGGUUGCUUGCGAUUGCAGUGAUUGUUAUUGCCAUAGCUGUUCCUGUAGCUUUACUGACAAAAAGUACCACGUCUGACCCACGUAGAAGGUUUACCUUACAGGAUUAUUUAGAUGGUGACAUUAGAUACAAAACAUAUAAUUUACAAUGGAUUUCAGGAAAUCAAUACCUGCACAAAACUGCUGACAAUGACAUCGUGCUUGGAAAUGCCGAGAAUCAAACAAUCUCAGAAGUUCUGAAAAAUAGCACAUUAGCCACAUAUGGAGCAACCACAGCUAUAUUAUCUCCUGACCAAAAAUUUGCUCUUCUUCAAUACAACUAUGUGAAGCUCUGGAGGCAUUCAUACAUGGCUUCAUACCACAUCUAUGAUUUAAAUACAAGAUCUUUAGUAACUGAGAAUCUACUGCCUAAUGAUACCCAGUACAUAUCCUGGUCACCUGUUGGUCACAAACUGGCAUAUGUUUGGAAUAAUAACAUUUACAUAAAAGAAUCACCAGGUGUGUCGAGUGUGCAGAUCACCACAAAUGGAGAAGAAAAUAAAAUUUUUAAUGGAAUAGCUGACUGGGUGUAUGAAGAGGAAAUGUUUGGCACCCAUUCUGCUCUGUGGUGGUCUCCAAAUGCCAGUUUUCUAGCAUAUGCAGAGUUUAAUGAUACAGAAGUUCCUGUUAUGGAGUAUUCCUUUUAUGCAGAAGACACGCUGCAGUAUCCAAAGACCAUUAAACUCCCAUAUCCCAAGGCAGGAGCUGCAAAUCCUACUGUAAAGUUAUUUGUUGUGAAUACCCAAGCUCCUCCCACUGUGAAUUCCAGUGAAAUUAUUGCACCAGCUAGCAUAAUAUCAGGGGAUCACUAUUUGAGUGCUGUAACAUGGGUAACAGAUGAAAGGAUCUGUCUGCAGUGGCUCAGAAGGAUUCAGAAUUUUUCAGUCCUUGUGGUCUGUGACUUUACAAGAGAGAAUGGAAUGUGGCAAUGUCCAGAGGGCAAACAACAUACAGAAGAAAGUAAAACUGGCUGGAUCGGCACAUUUCAGCCUUCUGACCCUUACUUUGCAUCUGAUAAUAUUAGCUACUACAAAAUUUUAAGCAAUACAGAGGGCUUCAAGCACAUCCACUAUAUCACCAGCACAGGGAGCAGAAUACCUAUUACACACGGCAAAUGGGAAGUAAUCAGCAUAGAAGCGGUAACCAAUGACUUUAUAUACUACAUCAGUAAUGAAUUUGGUGGAAGGCCAGGAGGAAGAAACCUUUAUAAAGUGUUGGUUGGAAAUGGUCCAACCACACCUAAGUGUGUGAGCUGUGAUCUGGACAAAGACAGAUGUCAGUAUUAUUCUGCAUCCUUCAGCAAUGAUGCACAAUAUUAUCUGCUGAAUUGUUAUGGUCCUGGCCUGCCCACUUCUAUGCUGUCCAGAAGUAGUGACGAUCACGUCAUCAGAAUUCUGGAAAACAACACAGAUUUGGACAGUAUGUUGAAGGAUAUUCAAAUGCCUUCCAAAAAAGUUGACACCAUUACUCUGAAUGGAUACACAUUGUGGUAUCAGAUGAUCUUACCUCCCCAUUUUGAUUCAUCGAAGAAGUACCCUCUGCUCCUUGAUGUCUAUGCAGGACCUUGCAGUCAGAAAGCAGAUUAUGCCUUCCGUAUCAAUUGGGCUACAUACCUUGCAAGCACAGAACAGAUCAUUGUGGCUAGCUUUGAUGGCAGAGGAAGUGGCUACCAAGGAGAUGAAAUUAUGCAUGCAGUAAAUCGAAGACUGGGAACAUAUGAAGUAGAGGAUCAAAUCUCAGCAACUAGAAAAUUUUCUGAAAUGAGCUUUGUCGAUAAGAACAGAAUAGCUAUUUGGGGCUGGUCUUAUGGAGGGUAUGUGACCUCCAUGGUGCUUGGAUCUGGAAGUAAAGUGUUCAAGUGUGGAAUAGCUGUAGCCCCGGUGUCACGCUGGCAAUAUUAUGAUUCAAUAUAUACAGAGCGUUACAUGGGUCUUCCUGUAGCAAGUGAUAAUCUGAAAAAUUAUGAGAGUUCAACAGUCAUGGCCAAAGCUGAAAAUUUCAAAGACGUUGAGUAUCUCCUUAUUCACGGAACAGCAGAUGAUAAUGUUCACUUUCAGCAAGCAGCACAGAUUUCCAAAGCUCUUGUUGAUGCCCAGGUGGAUUUCCAAGCAAUGUGGUAUACGGACAAAGACCAUGGCAUUGGAGGACAGGCACACAGCCAUAUUUACACCCAUAUGAGCCAUUUCAUAAAGCAAUGUUUCUCAUUGCCCUAGCACCAAAACGGCAUUCCAUUCCAUACUGGGAUUUCUUUAUCAAGUUGUUAAUAAUGGCACUUUUCCAGUAGAUUCUCUCAUCUAAACUUGCACUGAGCCAAUAUAACUAUUUUUGAGACCAUCUGAAAACAGUUUUUUAAAUCCUUAAUGACCAUGUACACAUCAUGUCAAUUUUUAUGACAAAGAUGCGAUAGUUGCUUGGCAACAGAGGUUAUUUAAAUUUGUUUUAAAUCAGGUUUUAUCAGCACAAGAAUGUUUACAUGUCAUUUGCCAAAUUUCCUUUUUUAAAGUGUGGUGUUUCAAUCAAUACCUUUUCAUACGUACUAAUUUCACUCUAAAAUGGAAAUGUACAUAUAUGGUCUACUUCUUGGUGAUAUUGACUGAUAAAUUACUCGUGUUCACAGAGUUGCUAGCUGAAUAGAGGCAGAAGUUUGGGGGUCUGGAAUAGAAAGGAAGUGUGCCCUAGAACAUUAUAAAUAGGUUUGGCACAAUUUGAUUUUUAUCAUUUAUCUAUUUAACCAUUUUUAUCAAUUUAAAUUUUCAUUUGUGCAAAAUUAUGGAUUUUAAGCAUAAUUUUUGAUAUUAAUUUGUAAUUCACAGUUGCAGGAAGUUAUUGGG